AUGCUUUCUUUUUGUGUUAUAAAGCUUCUUUAUUUAGUCAGUAGAGAUGCAAGGACGCAUCUAUGUGUCCUUGAAAACCCAUUCCUCAAAUCCUUUUCUAACAUCUCAGAAUCCGGAAUCCAACCAUCUCAGAUCGUAGAUUACCUAAUAAACUCAUGUGGGUUAUCCUCAGAAACUGCUGUUUCUGCAGCCAAGAAAAUUCAUCGCAGUUUCCUCAACACAGAGAAAUCGGAUUCUGUGCUCAAGUUCUUUAGAAGCAUUGGUUUUUCAAGAACCCACAUCAUGAAGCUCGUCUCCUUGAGGCCCCGACUGUUAUUGUCUUCUGUGGAUAAAACCCUCAAGCCCAAGUUAAAGCCAUUCCAAGAUUUGGGUCUAUCGGGUUCGGAACUCGCAGAAGUGAUUGCUUCAAAUCCAGGUAUCCUAACUAGAGGCCUAAGAACCCAGAUACUUCCCAGCCUUGAGGUCAUUACAAGCUAUGUUGGGACGGGUGAGAAUAUGUCGAAAACAUUGAAGCGCUCAAGAUGGCUAGCCAAUCCUGGGGGAAGACUGCUGCCCAACAUUGAUUUCCUGAGGAAUCAAAAUGUGCCCGACUCAAGAAUUGCUUACCUGAUGAUGAAUCAGCCAGGGAAUUUGGCGAUGAAGCCCGAUUACAUGAAAAAAGUAGUUGAGACCCUCAAGGGGUUGGGCUUCAAACCUGAGUCAAAAUUGUUUACUGUUGGAAUUCAUACCUUGGUUUCGAUGAGCAAAUCUACUUGGCAGACAAAAAUUAAGUUAUUGAAGGAUUUGGGCUGGUCUGAAGAGCAAAUUUUUGCUGCUUUUAGGAGAUUCCCUGUUUUCAUGACAUGCUCAAUGAAGAAGAUGAGGCUAGGAAUGGACUUCUAUGCAAAUGCGCUCAAUUGGGAUGCUUCAAAUGUUUCAAAACAUCCAAAGCUUCUAAUGUUCAGCUUUAAAGAAAGGAUUAUUCCUAGAUUUGAGGUAUGGAAGAUGUUGAUGUCAAAAGAGUUGGUUUCAAAAGAGCAGCCAACUCUGGUUACUGCAUGGAGUAUGUCUGAGAAAAAUUUCUUGCAGAAGUAUGUGGAGAAGUAUAAGGACAUAGUUCCUGAUUUAAUGAAGGUGUACAAGAUGCGAAAUUGA